AUGACUAAACUUUCUAAGUGGAUGAAGAAUAACCUCAAUAUCGGUAUUAGAGGUAGUUUAGACGAAACAAUUAAGGCGUUACUGUUAUUGGGUCCUCCCAUAAAAAAGACAAAUGUCACAAGUGAACAAAAAAUAAAUGCGUUGCAGACAUCCUUGAAAGGUAUAUUGAAAAAUGAUAAAGCACUGCGAGAAGAAUACAAGCCAUUAAAUUCAUGGCUUAAUGGUGAUGAGAUUAAGAAAAUAAACGAGAAGAAUUUAAUUACCGAAAAUCAAUUCUAUUAUAAUUUUAAAAAAGCAAUAUUUUUUUCUAGUAUUAUACAACAAGCGAUUAGUGGCCUUUCAGAUCAUGAAUUUAAGAAAAAGAUGCAAGCAAAUCUGGAGCUAGAUCAGGAAAAAGUUUCUGAAAAAGAAAAAUACCAUCAGCCACAAAUUCCACAGAGAUUUUCAUUUUCAGAAUCAGAACAAGGUGCGUACGUAGAGCCGAUACUUGGAUAUGUUGAGAAAGCGCUUAGUAAAUACAUCAAGAAACACGAAAAGUAUAUACCUUCUGAAACUAUAGAAAAGUUUAUGAAGACAUGCUACCAUCGGCAUCUGAACUAUCCUUCGAAAAUUGACUUGGGAGGUCUCCUAACAUUUUUAACAUCAAACAUUAGCUUGUUUAAAAAUGGUAAAUCCGGCCAACCAUUAUUUCAUGGUCGAUACAGAUUAAAUCCAUCCGAACUAUUUAAAUCUUUCAAAAUUGAAGCAAGGGAUCAGAACGCACAUGCAAUCACCCAACAAUACGGAAGAUGGAAUGAUGAAACGUUACAACGGAUAUCAACUCUAUCCUUGGAGGUGGUUAUAUGCCUAGGUGUUCAAGAUGUCCAAGAUGAAUACAAUAAGUUGUUGGAAAUAAGAAAACAAUUUGAUUCUGAACUUACAAAGAGAUUGGUCUCAACAGCGAAAGAAAAAAGUGUGUUAAUAGAUUCGAAACUUGACGAAUUGACGGAUUUUACUUUAGACAUAAUGAAUCAAUUAGAAUCUUCGGAAAAGGAGUUAAAGCGAAUUGUGCAAAUGGCAAUUUCCAAAGACGAAUUAUAUCUAAAUGUAUUGAGAAGCAUCAAUGAAAAGCAAGACGAAGAUACUAGAAUAGAAAAAUUCACUAAAAUAAUGAAUAUAUUAUUCGAAAUGAAACUUAAACAAAAAAGUAUGAAAGCUGAUGAUAAUAGCAAAUCUAAUGAAAGGAAAAAAGAUGAAGUUGAAGUACUAAAUAAAUCAGUUGC